AUGUCUAUAGUUGGCUAGAGUAAAAUAUAUAUUGUAAACUCUUGUCUAAACAUGCAUAAAUAAGUUAACCCAAAAGACAACAAGUCAUCGAGAGGUGAAGUCUCUCAAGGCAGUGAUGAUAUAGAUAAAAUUGACUCAAAGUCAUUCUAAGCAAAACCUUCAAAGUUUUAGUCUAAUCCAUUAAAAAACAGGAAAAAAUUUAUUUUACUGGAUUAAAAGAAGGAACUAGAAUUUCAAGCUGGAAUCAGCCUUAAUAAUCAUAUGAGUAAAGGUUCCAAUCCUAAGUAUGAAAGAGGAAUAUCACCUGCAAACUCUUAGCAAAGAUAGUAUAUUAAUCGUAUGAAAUCAGCAUUUCCAAUCUCAAGCAAUUUUAAUGAGGAUUCCUUAUCAUCAUCCGAAGAAAGUUAAGAAUCUUUCGAAAAUAAGUAAUUCAAGCACUAUUAAUUUUAGUCGUAUAAAAAAAUGUAGAAUAUUAAAAUGAACUUUUCAGCCUAAAACAAUACUGUUACUGGCAUUAAAGUCUAAAAAUCAAGCACAGUAAAGAUACCUAUUCAGAAAAAGGCAGAUUGUUUAGGAUUUGAAUAAAUUGAGAUGCCUUAAGGAGAGCUGUUGCAAGACACCAACUAGGUGAAUUUCAAUCCUGAUAUUAAUAAAUAGAGAAUUGAUUAUGCCAAGCCCCUAUAAUCAAAGACUGAAUAGAUUGAGAUAAAUUAGAUCGGUAAUGAAAAAUAGAAUUGUUUAAUUUAUUGA